UGCUGAGAAAAAUGACAGCUGGCUCUGUCUCAGUGCCACAGAUCAUUCCACUUCGAAUCCCACUUCCAGGGAAACCUCAACGGGAAGUAGACACAAAUACUCUCAUAGAAAUAAAAUCAGAUACACCCGGGGCCUCUAUUUAUUACACUUUAGAUGGAAGUAAACCAGAGCUCAUUAGGAAACCUCGCUGUGGGGUGUGUAAGACUUUGGAGUAUAAGGAUCCUAUCACAUUACCAGUGGGGAAAAUAACRGUCAAGGCCUUGGCAGUUACAAAGGACUACAGGGAGAGUUCAGUUGUAACAAAGGUGUUUCUGGUGGAGUACCAGCAACCAAACAUCCUUCUCCCUGUUGAAGAUGAUGACGACAAGAAUUUCCUACAAGAUGUGGGCACACAGAAUAAGGAAGAUGAAAAGUUUACUACAAAACCUAAGAAGAAUAAACUGAAUGUGGAAAUCAAGCCUGCCUGGAAUGAAACAUCCCAAGACUUUCAAGAGAGAAAGCCUCCUCACAGGUCCUCUCAAGGACCACAGCUUCUUGCCAAUCAUUUGGAAACAACAGAAUACAAAGAGGAAUCCACCUCAGCACAACCAGGAGAGUCACUGCAGGAGAUCAGAGGGUUUGCAAGUUCCUCUGCAGUGACUAGCCAGAAAAGCUUGGCAAGCCCACAAGUGUCAAGGAUCCAGAGGAAAACAGAUUUCUUUAAAUGUGCACACUGCUCUGCCCCUCGCCUGCCUGACCCCUUUGCUCACUUCUGCCAGAARUGUGGAUCUCCCAUCCCACCUGUGCCAGUCUGGCGCUUCCCAGCCCCUGAAGGAGCACAGAUGGCACCGUGCCUUGAAUGCAGACAGCUUGUGCCAAUGAAUACACCCACUUGCAUUGUCUGUGAGUCACCAAUAGCUCCACAGCUGCAGCCCCAAAACAGCAUCUACAURAAGGGCAAAGUCAUUUGUCAGGCGUGUGGCACAGGAAAUCCUUUUCACCAUAAACACUGUGUGACUUGUGAGAGCAAACUGCCUGAAGUACAGAUGCCCAUAUUUGGAGGAGACUCAUGCCCACCUCUYCAGGGCCAGCAAAGGAAGACAAUUCAGUGCUCCAAAUGCAACGGUGUGAACCAGAGCGAUGCCCGCUUCUGUGCCUGGUGUGGGGCCAAGCCUGGACCUCCUCCAUGCUACUUUACCUGCUCCAACUGUGGGACAAGCAACCAGCCCUAUGCUCGCUUCUGUGUGUCCUGUGGUGUCUACAUAGAGCCCCCAUCCAGGCAGAGCUCUCCUGACAGCCCCAUGGAUCCUGGGGACUCUCUGGGAUCUUCUCAGGCAAAACGAUUACAGGCUCAAGUUGCCUGGCAACCUCAUCCUGUUUCCUUGCCCAAAUCGAGAGCAGAACUAACAGAAAAGGAAGAUAAAGGAACUCAAACCAUUGGACUUUUUUACCCAUCCAGCAAACUGUUGGAAAAGAAGGAGCUUGAGCUGAUUUCACUAAAAGAAAAAAUGGAAAAGAUGAGUGAUCAUAAACCUCUCCUGACUGCCAUUAGUCCUGGAAAAGGUUACUGGAGGAAGCAGCUGGAUCAUGUUUGUGCUCACCUUAGAAGCUAUGCCCAGAACAACAUUGAAUUCAGAACACUGAUUGGAGAGCCUCAAAUGGGAAAGAUGAACUAUGCUACCUUCUCUGAAGAUGACUAUGAAGUCACCAUUACAUUGAAUUUUGCUGCUGUUAACAAGGAUAUUCAUCCUAACAAAGCAGGRAAGUUCAGCAAUGAUUACCUGAGUGCUGUAACAGAAGUCACAAAUGGACAGGAUGUCAGUCAGACUGAUUUUGGCAGAGGUGAUCAUAAUCUUUUCUAUUCAAGAAACCAAAUAAAGAGAACCAAGCCAAGMACACCUACAGGACAGGAAUAUAAGCUCUCUCCAGAGUCCAGACAGCUGCUGGAUGAACURGGUCAGACUGGGAAAGGAAGGAUCCCCUUCAUAGAACAAUUGCUCAGUGAAGGAGCUGACCCCAAYGCCCUGAGCGAGGAGGAGCGCCCUGCUCUCACAGUUGCUGUCCUGAACGGGCACACAGGAGCCAUCUCCCCUCUGGUGCACAGAGGGGCCCACAUCGAUCAGCAGUCAGGGCCGUACAACAACACAGCUCUCCACGAGGCAGUGCUGCUGGGAUUGGAGGGAGAGGAGUGCAUCCGAGCCCUGUUAAGGYAGGUACCAUGCUGCAAUGCCAGCGUGCAAAAGAAGAAUGCAGCGGGGCAGUCUGCACUGGAUUUGGCUGUUGCAGGAGGAGAUAACAAGGUUCUUUCACUAUUCCAAGUAAGUCUGGAUAGAGAACACUGA